AUGUCGACACCGUCAUCAUUUUGGUCAAACCAAACAUCCAACUUUACCAAUGUUGAUAAUGGAAACUAUUCUGAUAGAGAACUUAGACCUAAUUUUGGUCCAUCUCUAGAUGGCUGGCCAUAUUUCAAUUUACAUGGCUGGGGCCACUGGGCCACUGUUCUGGCUAUAGCCAUAGUAGGUACCAUUGGAAACAUCCUGCAGUUCAUAAUGAUGAGCGACUCCAAGAUAUCAGCACUCUCCUACAGCGUGUACCUGAAAUUCCUUGCGGUUUCCGACAGUCUCGUCCUCAGUGAAGCGGUGUUUCAGCAGACUCAAAUACGUUUUAAUUUGCCGAUGGUUGCAGACAUGAACGACGCUCUGUGUAAAAUUGUCAUCGGCUACCAGUUACUGACGAAGUUUCUGUCGCCAUGGCUGGUGGUAGGACUUACUCUCGACAGAUUAAUAUGCGUCUGUUUUCCGCUAACGCGGGGAAGAUUCUGUACGAUGAAAAAAGCCAUUGCAGUCUGUUCGUGCAUAGUUGUUGCAACCAUCGUGUUAUUGAUACCAAAUUUGGUUGUAGCGAAUUUGAAAUAUGACAGAUGUCAAUCGGCCGGACGGAUCACCUACUAUUUCAUGUUCCUUCGUCUGAUAGUAUCUACUUUGCUGCCCUGUGUUGUUAUCCUCAUCUUCAACAUUGUAAUAAUCGCCCGCAUCAAACGUAGCAACGAGUUUCGAAACACGUUCAUAAGGAACAGGGCAGAGUCUACGAAAGACAGUUCAACACGCCCCCUAGUGUUAAUCUCGAUACUGGCCUUCGUAACAUUGUUGCCAGUCUCCACUUCAGAUGUCGUCUUUGUACUGCUGUUGUUACUGAAAACAGACAGAAAAGCCGCGUUACUAAGCAAUAGAUUGUGGCCAGCGUUGCAUAUAAUCUACUUGCUGAAUUUCGCACAAAACUUUUUCAUCUUGAUGGCCAGUUCACAAAACUAUCGACAGAUUAUGAAGAGAAAACUCGGAUGCUUCUCUGACAAGCGGAAACAAACACAACAUAAUGUACCAGCACCUAGUGUUGGUUCCACAGUAAAUGCCGAUGAUAGUUCAUUGUCAGUGGCUACAUCAAAUACCACACGAUCAGAAAUGCCAGAUCCAUAG